AUGUCUAAGUUCAACAAAUCUAGCUCUUCAUCGAGCAGUGAUGUGUGCGUUACCGGUGCUGACGAUAACAGCACCAAAUCCCACGACACGGGAGAGUUUGAUUGGGAUGAGAGCACACAGGGAGUCAUUUUGGGCGCAUUUUUCUACGGAUAUCUCGUGCUUCAAGUGCUCGGCGGACGACUGGCCGAGAUUUACGGCGCCAAAUGGUUGUGCGCCGGAGGUAUAGCAGCGUCUAUUGUGAUUAACGCCUUGACACCACUUAUUGCCAGAUCUGCUCCUUAUUGGCUACUUCUGGCCAGUCGUGUGGUGUUGGGUAUGUUUCAAGCGUUUAUAUUUCCCUCGAGUUUUGCCUUGUUGACUAAAUGGAUACCCGACCACGAGCGCAGUACAUUCCUAGCCUUUCCAACCCUUGGAGCAAAUAUUGGGUCUAUUGUUACAACAGCCCUAUCGGGAUAUCUGGCAGAGCAUGGAUUUGCCGGAGGCUGGCCAUCGGUUUUCUAUGUAGCUGCAAUGACCGCAUCAGUGAGUUUGUUAUUUUGGGUAUUUAUUGUGAAAAGUGAGCCCAAAGAUCAUCCAUGGAUUUCAGAGCACGAACUCAAUUACAUUCACUCAAACAUUGCCGCAAAUAAUACAAGUGUUGACAAUAAAGAUAGACCUAAACGGUCGGUGCCGUGGCUUAAGGUGUUCACAUCGACACAAGUGUUGUCAUUUCUUGUGGGAAUGUUAUUGUAUGGUAUGUAUUCGGGUGGUGACAAUGCUAUAGCCGCAGCAUUUACAACCGGUGUUAUAACACCACUGGUGGUCGGGUAUAUACUGGAGGCCAGUGACCAAACACAACGGCAAUGGGGGUAUGUUUUCUAUAUGUCCGCCUCAAUCAAUAUAUUGGGAGGACUUGUGUUCGCCAUUUUCGGGUCCGCACGACGACAGGACUGGGAUAUGGAUGACGAACACCAAACAGAAGAGAUUACUAUCACUAAAAUUUAG